AUCUGCUGUCUUGUGUAACCAAACAAACAAAACACACAAAUGCGUGAAUUUUGGUAACAAAUAAUUAAUAAUAUAUUUGUAUUAAAUUUAUAAAAAAAUAUGUUUCAACCAACAAGACAAGAAACUUUACGUCUUUACAAACAUUUAAUACGUUACGGCAGUCAAUUGCAACUCACAGAUAAAUCAUAUUUUCUUGGACGUAUACGCCGGGAAUUCAGAGAAAAUCGAGAAAUACAAGAACCAAAACAAAUUGAAUUUUGCUUUCGGCGCGGCGAGGCACUACUUACAAAAGGCCGAGUUCUCUAACUUUAUUUGGAGCCAAAAUGCUGCUAAAGUUUACCCGCUUUCUGAUAGCAAAUAACGUAAAACCUACUUACAUCAGUAGUUUUACUCCAUUUACUCGUUUAAAAUCGACAGAUGCUCUGGACUAUUCACGCUAUCCCAAGCUAAUUGAAAGUGAACUAGAAGAAACUUUUACACGCGGUAGCGGUCCCGGUGGCCAAGCCGUGAAUAAAACUUCAAAUUGUGUAUUAUUACGCCAUAUACCCACAAACAUUUUAGUCAAGUGCCACACACAUCGCAUAGCAUA